UGCACCACCAGGCCAUCCUCCACGUAUGGUGUACCCGUGUUGCAUUGCCCGGGCUGCCCGCCUCCCGGUCGGUCAGCAGCACCUUUCAAAUCUUGAGCUAGAAUACCCACUCCAAGUCUCCAACGGGUAGAUGAAUCAUUCUUUUACCAACCCCAAGUCUCCAAUGGUAGAUCAAUCAUCCUUUCGCACGAAGGAUGCAACCCGAACGCGUCUCCAAGUCAUCCUCUCUCUCUUUCCAGACAAAUCGGUUGGAAAGCGCAAAGCUUCCACAGUAGCCCAGCCCAGUCCGGCCGUUUACUUCUCCUUCCAGCUAGCCCGGUCAACGAAGCCCGCGCGUACGAUCCGACGGCCCACAAGCUAAUGCCGUCCUGAUCCAACGGGUCAUAUCCUUUCAACCUUAAAAAUAGAGUCAUUAACUAUUUAUUAUAAGCGGGCAACUAUCUAUCAACAAGAAAAAGCCGACGGAAAAGUAAGAAGUUUGCAAACAAACCGACUCCACCUCCAAGGCGGAAGCAGCAGCUUAAGAGAAGGGGUAAGCAAAAGAAGGGUCAGUGCUGCUAACGGACAUUUGCUUGGGAUACAAAGUCAUGGAUAAAGUCAAUGCCUUUGGGGAGCUUUUAAAGAAUAGUGGAGCUGAGGUGGGCAGGAAGAUGUCAGCUGGCAUGAGCUCUAUGAGCUUUAAGAUGAAGGAGUUCUUUCAAGGUCAGAACCAAGCAGAGAAGAUUGUAGAGGAGGCCACCUCGGAAAACCUGGACGAACCUGAUUGGUCUACCAAUCUUGAGAUUUGUGACAUGAUCAAUAGUGAAAAAAUCAAUAGUGUUGAGUUGGUUCGUGGCAUCAAGAAGCGAAUCAUGUUGAAGAAUCCUAGGGUCCAAUAUCUUGCUUUGGUUCUUCUUGAGACUUGUGUAAAGAACUGUGAGAAGGCUUUCUCUGAGGUUGCUGCUGAGCGGGUCCUUGAUGAGAUGGUCAAAUUGAUUGAUGAUCCUCAAACCGUGGUGAAUAAUCGUACUAAGGCUCUUGUGCUGAUUGAAGCAUGGGGAGAGGCAGGAGAUGAGCUUCGGUAUUUGCCUGUCUAUGAGGAAACUUACAAGAGCUUGAAAUCUAGAGGCAUUCGUUUUCCUGGACGAGAUAAUGAAAGUUUGGCUCCAAUAUUUACUCCACCACGUUCAGUUUCUGAGACAGAAUCAUAUGCCAGUGGGAUACAGCUGAAUUACCGUGAUGUUCCUGUGCAAAAUUUUACUGCUGAACAAACCAAGGAAGCAUUUGAUGUGGCUCGUAACAGCAUUGAACUUCUAUCAACUGUUUUAUCCUCUUCUCCACAGCAAGAGGCUUUAAAGGAUGACUUGGCGACAACACUCUUGCAACAGUGCCGACAAUGUCAGAAUACCAUCCAGAGAAUUAUAGAGACUGCUGGUGACAAUGAGGCACUGCUAUUUGAGGCCUUGAAUGUGAAUGAUGAGCUCCAGAAGGUCAUCUCCAAGUAUGAAGAGCUGAGGAAGCCUCCUGUUGUGCAUUCUGAACCAGAACCAGCAAUGAUACCUGUUGCGGUGGAACCUGAAGAGUCUCCUCGAGUCAGCAAAGAAGAUGCCCUCAUCAGAAAACCGGCAAGUUCUCGAGCAAGGUCAGGUGGAGAUGAUGACAUCCUGCAUGACCUUGAUGAGAUGAUCUUUGGCAAGGGAGGGAGCACAUCCGAAGAUCAAGAUCCAAAAAAGAAGCAGGAGCAACAGAAGGAUGAUCUGAUCACCUUCUGAGGGUUAUCUCAUUAAUAUAAAAGCCUGGUGGAUUGGUGCUUAUCGGCCUGAUUUGGUUAUAGCUUAUUGUUUUUCAUGCUUUUGGAGAAAGAAUCAUUCUAUCUGAAGGGGAAAUUCUUAUAGUGACGAGGGGCUUGCUCUUUCCUCCUUUUUUUAAGUUUCUGCAAUGUAUUUAUGAAAUACCGGACCAGAGCUGGAGCUUCUGCACAUUUCUGUAAAGACAUCUGAAUUCUUGUAGCAACCUCAUGACUUGUUAUCGGUAUGCAUGCAAUACAUGUGCAUCCACGGACCUCAAAAA